GGUAGGUAGUACCUUCGUACUACACGCAGUUGAAACAAGUUUUUGCAAACAUUUAUAAGUUUUUAAGUUCGGAUAAAUGGUGGUCAAUGUUAGUAGGUGACAAUAUUUGAAAUUAUUAACACCGUGCAAUUGGCUUUUUAAUUGUGUGAAUAUGUGUUACCAAAUUAAAGACCUGAACAAAAACAUCGCUAGAAGCACCUACACCAUGCAACCCAAAAAGCCUCUUGCAAUCUUCCUCUGCGUUAGUGGCGCGUGCUUGAUCUUCACAGUCAUCGGCAUCCUCUUGAUGACACUUUGGGCCACACUCUACGAAGCCAUACUAACAAGCCAGUUGACCCUUACUCCCCAUAGUAACGCCUUCAGCCUUUGGGUGAAAAACCCAGUUCCUUUGACGCUCACUUUAUAUAUGUUCAACUGGACUAAUCCCCAUGAUAUUUACAACAAAAGCAUUAAACCGAGGUUCGAGCAAAUAGGACCCUAUGUGUACCAAGAGGAAAAGAAAAAGACUGAUAUUAUUUGGAACGAAAACGAUACGGUUACCUAUAAGAAUUUGAAGCAUUGGUGGUAUGUUCCAGAACUAAGCAAAGGAUCGCCUUAUGAUCCAUUUACCACAAUCAACCCCAUUGCAUUGUCAGCAGCACAUUCAGUCCGACACUGGCACAUGCUGAUAAAAAAAGGAUUCGCCUUUUCACUCAGAGCCUUAGUAUCAGAGAUCUCGACCACCCAUUCGGUAACUGAAGUUCUUUUUGAUGGAUAUGAAGAUCCACUUUUGGCGAUGGCUAGUAAGAUGUCGUUUUUACCAAAGUCUGCGGUCAUGGAUAAAUUCGGAUGGUUUUACGGUAGAAACGGUUCAUCCGACUUCGAGGGAGUCUUUAACAUGGACACCGGAACCGCUGGAGGCCAAUUAGGCGAGCUCCAAUCAUGGAAAUAUGCCGAACACACUGGAUAUUAUCCGGACCAUUGUGGCGAAUUUAAACAAGCUUCAGCGGGUGAUUUUUUUCCGAGAAGUUUAACAAAAGAGUCGGUUGUCAAGAUGUUCUCUCCCGAUUUGUGCAGGUAUAUGGAUUUGGAAUACGAAAAAGAGGUCGUUAUACACGGCAUCGUUGGAUAUAAAUAUGCGGCAGGACAAAAAUUUUUAGAUAACGGAACCAAUAUACCCGAAAACAAAUGUUUCUGUGAUGGUGAUUGCAUGCCUUCAGGCGCACUAAACGUAUCCAACUGCAGGCAUGGCUCCCCAGCUUUCGUUUCUCUGCCUCAUUUUUAUAAGGCCGAUCCGUAUUAUACCAGUGUUAUAGACGGUGUGGUUCCCAACGAAACAACUGAUGACUUUUUCAUGAUUUUCGAGCCUAACACUGGUAUACCACUUCAAGUUUCAGCUAGGCUACAAUUAAAUUUGCGAAUGGAGGCUGUUGAAGGAGUAGGUUUAUUCGAGAACGUACCCACAGUAUUUUUCCCAGUACUAUACUUCGAGCAAUCGGUUCUGCUACCUGAAAACAUGGUGUUCAUGAUCAAAAUACUUAUUAACUUUAAAGUGAUUUGUACGUCAAUCGGAAUCUUCUUCAUCUGUCUUCCAGUGCUCAUAUUCCUCUGCGUGUUUUACCAGAUGUGGAGUAAGAAAGUUUUCAGUCGAAGCAGGACGACGAUAAAGCCAAAAGAAGAAGUUCCUCUUAACCAGUCGUAGAAGUAUAGAUAGAUAUGUAUAAAACAAAGUCUGUGCAACUAUAUACUGUGAUCUUACAAGAUAUUUUGAUCUUUGGGUUUAAACUAUGUGUCUUGUAAACAUAAGAAUUUAGAAAAACUUCGAAAAGACAAAAAAGUUGACUAAUAAUGUGUACUGCAGCAGAACCUUAAAAAUUUGUUUUUUUUUUGUGAGAGUACACAUACAUAUUUAGAGAAGUCGACCUAUUCUCUCUUCAUUACCACUUCAAGUACCACUGUGCUACAUAAGGAUCUAAUAUAGGCGUACUUUUGGCAUUGACUCGAGAUUUAGUCUUCUGUUUUUUUUGUGAGGUGAAACAAAUGUCUUCUCUUGCUGUCUUCUGUUGACGUCGCUCGUUUGUUUGUUUGGAUCCCAGCCCAUAAAGGGCUGGUAUGUAUCUGUAUGUGUUUUGCUCUUCUAUUCUUUUUCUUGUCUUAUGCUAGCUCCGUUUUAGCAGAAUUUUGUCUUCUGAUCAUUAAUAAUUCUGAUGCUGGUGGUGUCUUUUGUAGGAGCACCUCUUUCUGCUAAUUUAUCGUUUUAUAAACGCCGUCAUCAUCUGUACAGUGUCUCUAAGCAGUCUGUAGCCUCAUAACUCCGAUGGGCUACUUCUUAUUAUCAUUUUAUACUUUGGUCCAGAGGAGAUUUUUCUACCAGGUCUGAAAAUGGCCUUUAGCUGCCAUUUUAGUUUUGAAGGCUAAUAUAUUGAUCUGCAACAUUCAACAAAGAACUAAACCUAGAUUUGAACAUCUAUUAAAUUUUCUUCCUUUGCCAUAUAAACUCCGGAUUCUUAAUUGUCCAAUGAGUACUGCGGAAUUCUGAUUCCAGUACCGAUUUUGUUUCCUUAAUAUUUACGUCUGAAGUCAAAUAUUCCUUAACUGGGCCGUUAAUAAGUCGGUUUACUUUGACUUAUUUUGUGUAUUAAUUUAUUAUUCUUCAUUUAGUGUUAAUUAUAUUGGUUAUGUGCAAGAACUAUCAGAGAACUGAUCAUAUAAUGGCGCUGUAGUUUCAGUGUUUUGGAUAAAGACACCACUGUCAAGAUCAACUUAAAAUAGGAUUGGGAAAGGCAAGAGUUUUUCACUGUGAGAAUGCCUUAGAAUUUUGGUCUUAAUCAACUUUAUACCUAAACAACCUAUCUAGGUACUGUCUGCAUUGUUAUUUGAAUAGAUUUUUUUAACAAUCUUUUCUAUUCUCCAAUUUCAUAGAAUUUGUUUUUCUUCUUAAAUCUGUAUUGUUAUAUUCUGAUGGCCGGCCGUUUAGUACUUCCAGUUGUACGAUGUAUGCAACACAAAAUACACUGAAAGUGUACAGCAGGUAAUGUACACAUCAUCAAUAAAGUGGAAGUGGUAGCAUUGAUAGUGUGGUGAUAGAAUUUCUGGGGGAAGAGGAAUGGCGAAUUACAGCACGAUUUGUCUUUAUAAAACUAAAAGACAGUAUUCUCAAUGCGAAUGCUUGUACCUUUGAAUGCCCAAUUAUUUACAAAUGUUUACAAGAUAUUAUAGGUAAUCCAAUUACUUCACGGGUAUGCUUUUAUACGAAAAAAGCGUAGUAAAAGAUUGUUGAAAUAUAGCAUUGAUAUUUAUAGAAAAAAUGUGAUAGAAAAUUGUUAAACCACGUUUAGCAAUAUGUUAAUAUUGUCUUUUAUAUUUAUAGUUUGCUCAUUAUUCUGUAUAAUCGAUAUUUGGGUAUUUUAUUUAACACGUUGUCUGCCGUCUCGGUCUAUUUGACCGAGAAAAAAAUUACUCUGCACUCCGGCGAGGUCUAUUUGAACGAGAUUUUUAACGUUACUGAACAUAAAUCAUUACAGGCUAUAUAAAGGUACCUCUGCGCACCGUGGCGUGAGCGGUAAUUUUUUUGACCAUAUAGCAGAAAUGGCCUUUGCGUGAACGGAAAGUAUUACAAAUUCCCUAUGGCAGGCAACGUGUUAAAUAAACAAAUGGAAGUUAUUCAGGAUUUCUUUAGUAAACUUCUCUAUUAUUAUAGUUAAGGUUUAGAUAGUUUGUUAAACUUUUGUAUACGUUGUUACAAAUAUUUUAAAAAAUUACCAGAGAUUGACAUAAUUUCAUUCUUCGUAAAAGCUGUUACGUCCAAUAUAUUUGUACAUUUCACUUAAAAACAUUAUACAAUGAGAGAAUUGUUGUUUAAAUAUGUGUAAGCUUGUGUAUCUUUUUUGGUUCUUGUUCUUAUUUAAUUAUACUGUAAUGCCGAUCUCUGGUCAAAAAUGUAAAUAAAGAUUUUUUUAGUGUUUUUAAUAUAUUGGUAA